AGGGUGCUCAACGUCAACAUUUAGUGAAUUCGAGAACUACCAUUCCCACAGAUAUUGAAUAAAUAAAUAAAAGUGGAUAUUUUUCCAAAAAUGCCCGAAAACGGAGUAAGUAAUAAAACAAUUAAAAAAAUAUCAUGAUUUUUUUAUUAUAUAAUAUUUAUUAACGAUUAUAAAAAAUUAGGAGCUUUGGAUUUGUCUUAUUGGCAAUCAUGAAACAAAAUUCAACCAAAUAAUUGAGGACUGUCAAAAAGUUUGGUUUAUUCCCUCCCAACAAAUCGAUGAUAGCUACUAGUAUUACUAUUAUUAUUGUAGUAACGCAUUAAAGUAACAUUUAGUAAAUCGAUGCGCUCUGUUUACAUUACAUUGCAAAAAUAAGUCGUGAAAUGUACAAUUUAUGUGUAUUACUAGUUGCAUAACCAACCAAACUUUUUGAAAUUAUGAAUCACUAAACUUAAAUCAGAAUAAUAUUUUUGUUUUUGUGUAUAAAGUACCAAACGUGGAGAAACAAAUUCCUUAUCUACUACUUUCAACUGCAAACCGUUUGGUCAAAUGGCUAUUUUUGGAACUGUAUGUGACAAUUUUUCGGCAGAAAUAAUUACAAAAAUAUAAUUUGUUCAAAUUUUAAAUAUCCACCAUCCGGUGACGUAAGUUGGUGACAAACAAAAAAUAUCCCUAGCUAAAUGAUUACUCUUUCUAGUUACCUGCUAGCACCCUGCUAGUUACUACUUAGGGAUAUUUCAUGUUUUACCAACAUACACCAUCACGUGGUGAAUGUUUGUAACCUGACCAAAUAAUAUUUACUAUAAUUACUUCUGCCGUUUGUAUAUUUCUGCAGUAUAAUUUUGCUGUGUUUUAGUUAAAACGAUAACAUUCGUGCACUUAUUGUUGUGUUUUUCAAAAAGUCGAAACGUUAUAUUUGAUGUGAAUGUUAGGUUAAAACUGUUUUGUUUAUCGGUUGGUCAAAAGGUGAACGUUUUAGGUAACCAAAAUGUCACUCAUGGAAUAUUCUGAAUCUCUUAAAAUUUGGGGAAGAUCUUCGUGGAAAAACGUCCACAAUUGUAAACAAUGUCCCUAUUUUACAACAUCGCUUUUCUUUAUGGUCAACCACGUGAGACGCCACCGUUCCACUCUAGAAAAACUGACUUGUGAAAACGCCAAAAUCGAAGCAUUUUACUGUAAAGACUGCGAUUUUCAAACGGAGCUAACGAUUCUGUUUAAACAACACAUUCGUAAACACCACGGCCUUAAGAAAGAAUCAGGGGAUGAUUCAUCAAGCCAGGACUUUGUUGUCAAAAACUACGUUUGCGAAAAAUGCGACUUUGAAACAAAUUUGUUGUUGAAGUGGCUUCGGCACACUUCAGCGUGCCUGGGAAAGCAAAAAAAUCGUCAGAGUGUGAGUUCGUCCAAUGAAAUACGUUGGUGUUGUGAGGAAUGUCCCUAUACAGCUAAAUCCAAAAGCUGUUUAAAACGUCAUGUAGCCAACAAUCAUUCGAAUAAGCAGUAUGCUUGCGACAAGUGUCCGUACAAAAGUGGACUUCCUGGAGCUUUAAGAGUCCACAUCAAUAGAGUCCAUUUGGACGAACAAGAAGGUAAAUGGUACCAGUGCAAUGAGUGUCCGUUCAAAACUAGGUAUGAAAGAAAUUUAAAGGCGCACGGAAUUGUAAGACAUCCAAAUGGAGACAAAAUUAAGUGGUAUGGAUGCCUCCAGUGCCCCCAUAAAAGUCGAAAUAAACAAUCUUUAAAACAUCACAUAGAGUGCAUACACUUCAAAAAAGAAGACGUUAACCGGUACCAGUGCAAUCAGUGUCCAUUCAGAACUAAGCAUAUACGUUAUUUACAAAGACACGUUACUUUACAACAUCUAACUGAAAAAAAAAUUACAUGGUACAGAUGUGGCAGUUGUUCAUUUAGAAGUAAAUACGAGGCGAAUUUAAAACAUCAUCUGGUUCUCUGUACAGAAGUAAAUUUAUUUGAGAUUCAAAGAAACACGGAUUUUAACCAUUCAAAAAAUCAGAAUGGUGAGAAUGCGUGAAAUGUUCAUAUCAAAGCAACUA